GUGUCAUCACAACUACGUGUUUGUGUGUAUGUUUGUUGAGCCCAGAUAUAUGUUUGUAUCCAUUUGGAUAUGUUUUUUUCAUCACUUCUUUCUUUUCCACCGGUGACUAACACGCACGCACACACAUUCUUCUUCCUUCUCUUUUCUCCGGUAGAGUAACAAAAAUCCAAAUCCAUGGGGAUUGAUUACUAUAAAAUCCUUCAAGUAGAUCGAAAUGCUAAAGAUGAUGAUCUCAAGAAAGCUUAUCGCAAACUUGCUAUGAAGUGGCACCCUGAUAAGAACCCUAAUAAUAAGAAAGAUGCUGAAGCCAAAUUCAAGCAAAUCUCAGAAGCUUAUGAUGUUUUAAGUGAUCCACAAAAGAGAGCUGUGUAUGAUCAGUAUGGUGAGGAGGGAUUGAAGGGCCAGAUGCCUCCCCCUGGUGCAGGUGGAUUUUCUGAUGCCGGUGAUGGUGGGCCGACCAUGUUCCGGUUCAACCCGAGAAGUGCGGAUGACAUAUUUUCGGAAUUCUUCGGAUUUUCCAAACCGUUCGGCGGUGGAAUGGGUGAUAUGGGAGGUCAUCCCGGUGCAUCUGGCUUUCCGAGGGGUAUGUUUAGGGAUGACCUUUUCUCUUCUUUUAGGAGUGCGGCCGGUGAAGGAUCUGGCAAUGUGCCGAGGAAAAGUGCACCGAUAGAGAGAACAUUGCCUUGCAGUUUGGAGGAUUUGUAUAAAGGGACUACCAAAAAAAUGAAGAUUUCCCGGGAUGUUAGCGAUUCCAGCGGGAAGCCAACCACAGUAGAGGAAAUUCUAACCAUUGAGAUCAAGCCAGGUUGGAAGAAAGGAACGAAAAUAACUUUUCCGGAGAAGGGAAACGAACAAAGAGGACUUAUACCAGCAGAUCUUGUUUUCAUUAUCGACGAAAAGCCUCACAGCGUCUUCAAGAGGGAUGGCAAUGAUCUUGUCGUCACACAGAAAAUCUCUCUUGUAGAAGCUCUCACAGGUUACACCACACAAAUAACAACCCUCGAUGGAAGGAAUCUUUCGAUCUCCGUCAACACCAUCAUUAGUACAUCGUACGAAGAAGUUGUUAAAGGAGAAGGUAUGCCGAUUCCUAAGGAACCUUCGAAAAAGGGAAACUUGAGAGUCAAGUUUAACAUCAAGUUUCCAUCUAGACUUACAUCGGAGCAGAAAACCGGCAUCAAGCGAUUACUGACGUCUCCGUAAAGACGGGAUUGCGUCUCUCGAAGAUACACGGAACUGUGUUAGAUUGGAAUUUAUUUUUAUUUGCGGUUUUCAAUCAAUUGGAAAUUCGUGGCUUUUGUGAACUAGUUUUUUUAAACUAGAAACAGUUCAUUAGAAGUUUGAUAUUUGUUUGUUGUUUCAUAUUUUAUUUAGUUUAUGAUAUGAUGUUCUGAGUGAAUAAUUCUCUUAAUCACUGGCCUAGUUGUUUCUGUGAAAAGUUUUGGUUGAAUUCAAUUUC